CACUACUAUAUAACAAAUAAUUUGAGCAUGAACAAAGACGAAUCUGACAACGAAUAUAAAAGCAACAAUGAUGAAUUGUCAAAGAGUAGCGCAUUGGCUGAAGCUAACAGUUCCUUAGAUGAAAUCUUCCGACGCAAAUGCCAAGCUUUUUUGGCUUUGGUUACUGUUGUCUUCUUUUUAGCUUGGGCAGAGGUGUUGUCAGUUCCAAGGAAACUCCUCCAUUUACAUCAGAUAAUAACGAAUCAGAAGAAACCAAGAAAAGGUUCUGUUCUGCUGUUAUUGGGAUGGUUUUUGCCAUUACCGAGAUUUCUUUACUGGCUUGGUUAUCUAGUUCCGUUCCUCAUUCUGUCCCCUGAUGAUGAGGAUGAAGAAAUCAGGGAUUAUCUCGCCAAAAGAAAGCGACUAAAGAAAGAGUUGAGGUUGUUCUCCAUUCCAGCUGCUAGACAGCAAUACUUGAAGCACUUUGGACAGUUCUACGUCUACGAUCUUAUCCCUUUUAGCGCUAAGUUUUGUCUCAUUGACACUAACCUUACAGUAAAAGAUACAGCCACUAUAUUCAAAGACUUAGGUAUUGAAGAGGCUCCCUUGUUUGACAGCACCACCAGAACAAUUGUCGGAGUUUGCAAGUCAAAGUCUUUUGUCAAGGCACUUCUUAGAUGUACUGGCAGCUUUGUUGCAUACGACGCCAGAAAGCUAGAACGCCUAACAUGGAAGAAGCUCUACGCACGUGACGGCUACAUAACACCCGCCGAACUAAAACCAUCAGAUGACUGGAACACAACCGCCCUCACCAUCAAAUCCGCGCACCGCGCCGUCAUCUACCAAGAAUCCAACUCCCACCAAAACAAUCCUCUGAUGCUACUCGGCCAUCAGAAACUAUUUCAGUACAUUUACUACAAACUGAGGACUUACAAGCUUAUCAACAUGUUGAACAUGAGGAUUGAUAGUUUGGAUAUUGGCACGUUUAAUGAUCUGUUGAGCGUGACCCUUCAGACUUCUUUUAAUGAGGUCAUAGCGACGUUUAGUGAGGCUGCUAUUACCACUCUUCCUGUUACUAAUAGUUAUGGAAGAUUCACAUAUCUGCUAGACACUAAGAUGCUUUUCGACGUGGUAUUAAAAUGCCCAACGAAGGUCAGAUUGACUGUGGCUGACGUAGUCAGAUAUCACGGGUUGGUUCCAGAAUCUCAACUAUGUCGGGUUGUCUACGAAUCAGACACGCUCAAAGACGUCCUCACAAAACUCAACGACGCCAACGCCAAUAACGUCGUAGUUUUGGAUUCAGAACAAGUCGUCAAAGGAAUUAUUACAACCACAGACAUGUUACUUUUCCUUGGACUUAGUGUCGGAGCUUUCAAAAAGACUUUGCAAUGGGCCCAUAUUAAGUGUGAUUAGGAUUUUUAUUAAUUAACUUUUAAAUGGAAAUAAAAGACGUUCUCCCCUGGAAACGCGACUGUAAACCCAGUUUUUCAUAUAAUUUUUAGUAUUUAACCCGAGAUUUUAUGUUGUUAUUGAUAUUAGGUUGUGUCGUGCCUGCUCGCAUGACUUGCUUGUUUUUUCUUGCACGUUACCUGCUGUUAGUUUGUCCGCCACAAAGGCUAACUGAACUCGGACUGUAAUUAGGGAAGUUAAACUAUUUGGCUGGAACAAAUUUGACCCUCUCUGCUGUGUCAGCUGUAAUUGAUGGAAAGCACGCAAAAUAUUUGUUGAAUGAUUUUUUUUAAUAAGACAGAAGUUGUAGCCAGAUAGUUUCAGAAAGAUGACUGGUUGAUAAAUAGCUUUGUUGCCUGAGACGGUGGACGAUGCAUGUAUCAGUAUCCAUUAAUACGGGACAUUUGGUGUUAUAUUUGACGUUAUAUAUUAUAGGCUGUUCUUAGGUUUAAUAUGUGCCAUUAGGUAUUUGAAAUUCUAAUGUCUUAUUACAAAUCUGAAACAGCUCUGAAACGACGACAGACAAAAAGAGGAAAGUGACUCGAUAUUUUUGAAAUCAAAAAAUUUCUUCUCUUUUCUGUCGUAGUUUAUAGGAAUAUAUUAAAUUUUUGGGGGCUUGCUCACGCAUUACCACUAAGUAUCGGCUUAUCAUAACAUCUCACUGCAUGACAACAUCGUUGGUGUUAGUCUAACUUCAUAGUACAUAUUGUACCAUUAUCGGGAUUCUGAAGUGGUAAAUGGUGGGUUUGUUCUCCUUAUUUACAUCGAUCGGAGACUAUUUAACAGUAAAACCUCUAUUAAAUUUAACCGGGGGAAGUUGUUUGCUCGGUAAGUAAAUGAGAGUAGAUGUGCAUGGUAGAUACGUUUAUUAUAUCGUGUAGAUGAUUGAGUAGAAGAUUAGGGAUCAUGGUAAGUAGAGGUUUUACUGUAAAUUUUCGAUUGUAAAUGUUGUAAAUAUUAUUUCAAUAUCGUUACUUGCUUUCAGGCUAGCUUGAAAGUUUUAAACGCCUAAGAAUUAGGCAAAAUUUGAUGUUAUGGGCUGUCAAUCGGAACGUUUGAUAGUUAGGUUCUGAUUUUGAUACGCAGCGAUUUUCAUCUUUAUCUAAACAUACCUUGAAACGUUUAUCAUUGAAUUAAAACAGUGAUUUUAAAUCAUUAAAAGAUUUUAAAUAAUUUGAGACCCUCUUGUAAGAAGCUACAAAUACAUAGAUAGUUUUGAUUUUCAUCUUAUCACCAAAGUUGGUUUUUAAGUUGUUGACGAAACUUUUAGUGUCCACACUCCACACAAACUAUUUUUCAACGGAUCACACCUAAACUUUUGUAAUUUACUAUUUUAGUACCAACUAGCAAUUUUACAUCAUAGUCCAUCAACCACUCCCUUUCAGUACUGUUUUUGUUUUACCGAUGAGGUUGAAUUAAUUGAUUAAAUUAACUGAUUUAAUUAAUUAAUUAGUUAAUUAAAGCGACAGACAAAUAGUUGAUUGUCAUACACCGAUUUGUACAAAGCGUUUUAUGUUUUUAUCACCAGUAUAGUAUUCGAAACUAGUUUAUCAGUUAGCGUUAAACCAGU